AUGAUGACAGAAGACCAAAGCCAGCAAACGAUAUACAAAGCCAGCAGACGAUAUACAAAGCCAGCAGACGAUAUACAAAGCCAGCAGACGAUAUACAAAGCCAGCACACGAUAUACAAAGCCAGCAAACGAUAUACAAAGCCAGCACGAGCCAGAUAACGAUAUACAAAGCCAAAGCAGACGAUAUACAAAGCCAGCAGACGACGAUAUACAAAGCCAGCAUACGAUAUACAAAGCCAGCAUACGAUUUACAAAGCCAGCAUACGAUAUACAAAGCCAGCAUACGAUAUACAAAGCCAGCAUACCAAGCCAGCAUACGAUACAAAGCAGCAGACGAUAUACAAAGCCAGCAAACGAUAUACAAAGCACGACAUACAAAGCCAGCAUACGACAUACAAAGCCAGCAUACGACAUACAAAGCGCAGAGCCACAUACAAAGCCAGCAACGAUAUACAAGCCAUACAGCAUACGAUACAAAGCCAGCAUACGAUAUCAAAGCCAGCGACAAAGCCAGCAUACAACAAAGCCAGCAUACGAUAUACAAAGCCAGCACACGAUAUACAAAGCCAGCAUAUACAAAGCCAGCACACGAUAUACAAAGCCAGCAUAUACAAAGCCAGCAUAUAUACAAAGCGAUAUACAAAGCCAGCAUACGAUAUACAAAGCCAGCAUACGAUAUACAAAGCCAGCAUACGAUUUACAAAGCCAGCAUACACAAAGCCAGCAGACGAUAUACAAAGCCAGCAUACGAUAUACAAAGCCAGCAUACGAUAUACAGAGCCAGCAGACGAUAUACAAAGCCAGCAAACGAUAUACAAAGCCAGCAUACGAUAUACAAAGCAUACGAUAUACAAAGCCAGCAUACGAUAUACAAAGCCAGCAUACGAUAUACAAAGCCAGCAGACGAUAUACAAAGCCAGCAUACGAUAUACAAAGCCAGCAGACGAUAUACAAAGCCAGCAUACGAUAUACAAAGCCAGCAUACGAUAUAAGCCAGCGAUAUACAAAGCAGCAUACGAUAUACAAAGCCAGCAAUACGGAUACAAAGCCAGCAUACGAUACACAAAGCCAGCAUAUACAAGCCAGCAUACGAUAUACAAAGCCAGCAUACGAUAUACAAGCCAGCAUACGAUAUAGCCAGCAUACGAUUUACAAAGCCAGCAUACGAUAUACAAAGCCAGCAACGAUAUAA